ACAGUCAUUCAUUUGAGUGAAAGCCUCAGAGCAGCAGGAAAAAGGACCUCUUCAUUAUUCAGCAUUAAAAUGUAUAGGCCAGCUCGGGUGCCAUCGACCUCAAGAUUCCUGAAUCCAUAUGUAGUGCUUUUUGUUGUUAUCGCUGUGGUGUUAGUCCUGGCAGUGACGAUAGGUCUGCUGAUCCACUUUUUAGCUUUUGAUAAAAAAUAUUACUUUUACUCUAGCAGCUUUGAAAUCCCCAAUGUUAAAUAUAAUGAUAAGUUAAACUCACCAGCUACCCAAGAGUAUAGAAAUUUGAGUGGAAGAAUUGAAUCUGCGAUUACUACAACAUUCAAAAAAUCAGAUUUAAGAAAUCAGUUCAUCCGAGCUCAUGUUGUCAAACUGAGGCAAAAAGGCAGUGGUGUGAUGGCAGAUACUGUUAUGAAAUUUAAAUUCUCUAGAAAUAACAAUGCAGCAUCAAUGAAAAGCAGAAUUGAGUCUGUUUUACAUCAAAUACUGAAUAACUUUGGAAACGUGGAAAUAAACCCUCCGACUGAUGUAGAAGCUAUUAAUGACCAGGAAGCAGUAAAUAUGUUCAAUCAAGAAUGCGGAGCCCAUCCAAACUUAAUAUCAUUGUCUGAAGAGAGAGUCGUGGGAGGCACAAAGGCUGAGGAAGGAGACUGGCCAUGGCAAGUCAGUCUACAGCUGAAUGGCGUGCAUCACUGUGGCGGCGUCCUGAUCAGUAAGACAUGGAUCCUGACAGCAGCUCACUGCUUCAGAAGCUACUCUGAUCCUCGUAGAUGGACUGCCACCUUUGGUAUUUCCACAGCAUUUCCUGUAAUGAGAAAAGCAGUAAAUACUAUUUUGGUCCAUAACAAUUAUAACUCUGUAACUCAUGAAAAUGACAUUGCAGUUGUGAAGCUUGUAGAAGGUGUCACCUUUACCAAAAAUAUCCAUACGGUAUGUCUCCCAGAGGCUACCCAGAAUUUUUCACCUGGCUCCACUGUUUAUGUAACAGGAUGGGGAUCACGAGCAUAUGACAGCAACCCAGUUCCAGAACUAGAACAAGGACAGGUCAACAUAAUAAGUAACAAUGUAUGUAAUGCACCAAAUAGUUAUGAUGGAGCAGUCUUGUCUUCAAUGCUAUGUGCUGGACUGGCUCAAGGUGGAGUGGAUGCAUGCCGGACAUUACACAGAAAAUUGUCCUACAAUUGUGGAAAUAGCAGCAAAAAGGCAAUGGUGAAAAAAGUGCUGAGAACUGGUGAACUGAAGCACAGAUGCAUAAUCUGA